AUGUCAUCUUAUCUAAGUAACACAAAGAAAUUCAAAUUGUCAAUGCCAACGAUCGGUGAACUCCAUGAGGUUUAUUCGAAUGAUCCAAAUGGUCUUUCGCAGACGAUCAAUUCGAUUUAUGACCGAAUUGAAAAUGAAGGUUUAAAACCUAUUUGGAUUUCGAUUGUUCCACGAGAAAAAGCUUUGCAACGAGUUGAAGAAUUAUUAUCAAUUUGUCAAGAUGAUCGCGGUGCCUAUCCAUUAUUUGGAAUUCCAUUUGCAGUCAAAGAUAAUAUUGAUGUAAUUGAUUUGAAGACAACAGCGGCAUGUUCAUCAUUUGCUGAUGAGAAAGCAACAAAAAGUGCAUUUGUUGUUUGUAAACUUGAAGAAGCAGGUGCAAUUGUGAUUGGAAAAACCAAUAUGGAUCAAUUUGCAACAGGUUUAGUUGGAACUCGUUCACCAUUUGGAAUUUGUUCAAGUGUUUUUGAUAAAAAUUUCAUCUCAGGCGGUUCAAGUUCAGGUUCAGCAGUUAGUGUUGGUAAUGGUUUAGUGACAUUUGCAUUGGGAACAGAUACAGCUGGAUCAGGUCGAGUUCCAGCAAUGUUCAAUAAUGUUAUUGGAAUGAAACCAACACGUGGUUUAUUAAGUUGUUCCGGUGUUGUUCCAGCAUGUCGAAUUCCAACUGCACCUCGAACGUUUACAAUUGAUCAAAUUCAACAAUCGCCAAUUGAACAUAAUACUCAACUCGGCUUUUAUACAAAUUUUGUAAAUUUACUUGAUUUAACAGCAAUUGCAUUACCUGCUGGUCUUCGUCAAGAUCAUUUACCUUUUGGUGUCACUUUUAUUUCUCAUUCUUUCACUGAUCAAGCACUUCUUCUUCUUGCUGAUCGACUUCAUCGUUGUCUUUCAACAUUUAUUGGUUAUUCAACUACACAUCUGUUAUCUAAUACACAAAAAUUAUCAAUGAAAGAAAAUGAUGAACAAUGGAAUUGUUUUCUCAUUGGUGUUGUUGGUGCUCAUCUCUCCGAUUUACCAUUGAAUUAUCAACUCAUCGAAAGAAAUGCAAGAUUCGUUCGCAAAUGUCGAACUCAUCAAGAAUAUCGUCUUUAUGCACUUUCAAAUACGAAUCCGUGUAAACCGGGAUUGAUUCGAGUCACUGGAAGUCGAGGACCGGGAAUUGAAAUCGAAAUUUGGGCAAUUCCAAAUGAACAUUUGGCAAGUUUUGUCAAUUUAAUUCCAUCACCACUUACGAUUGGAAAUAUUCUUCUUGAUGAUGGGCAAUCGGUGAAAGGUUUUCUUGUAGAACCAUCUGGUACCGAGACGGCAAAAGAUAUCACUCAGUUUGGAGGAUGGAAAGCUUAUCUUAACGCUUCAGAAGGAUAA